AAAAACGCAGCAUACACACUACUAUCAUCGAUAUUUUGUUUGAGAUGUGCAACAGACAAAGCCCGACCGAAGAACCCUAACAAUGGCGUCGAAGCUCGUGACGGCGGUCGCCCGUCAAGCGGCGGCCACAUCUCGCGCCGCCCGCUUAGCUGCGGUGGCGCGCCAUGACGCGGCGGCCGCAUCUCGCUCCGCCGGCUUAGCUGCGGCGGCCGCAUCUCGCGCCGCCCGCUUAGCUGCGGCGGCCGCAUCUCGCGCCGCCCGCUUGAAGCCUCGUCCCCCACUGGACGACGCUGCCCGCCUCUCCUUCCGCUACAGCAGUGAACCUCCAGAUGAUGGAAAGUGCGUGACAAAAGAGGACCUUGAGUCGGACGAAGCCGUGUGGGCCUUAUUUGAGCGCUAUUGCAAGUCAUACAACAGGAAGUAUGAUCAUGCUCAGAUGGUUCGCCGCUUCCGUAUAUUCAAGUUCAAUGCAAAGAGAACAUAUUGCUGGAACCAGUAUCUUCAUAAAGACGUAAAGGAAUUAGCUCGCGCCAAAAAGGAUAGGGAUUUAGGACUACCUGUCGACUCUUGGUACCUACAAAAAGAGUUAGGCGAAUACGACGAUGGGGGGGAGCCACUUACUGAAUAUUGGCGGAAAUUUUGAUGGAAAACCAUCUGCCGCUGGUGUGUCCUGCAUCACUCCACAUGUUACUGCAGUAAGAGCAGUUUGCUCCCCAAAUCACUUCACUGUAAUAACUAGUAGUCCUUUGACGUUCCGUGUUUCUUACUAAGGAUGCGUUCGUUUGGGUGAUAGGGAGUGAGAAUGCACAUCGUUUUCCGCACGCACGCUUCCCAAACUACUAAACGUUGUGGUUUUUUGCAAAAAUUUUCUAUAUGAAAGUUGCUUUAAAAAAUCAUAUUAAUCCAUUUUUAAAAUUUAAAAUAGUUAAUACUCAAUUAAUCAUGAGUUAAUGGCUUACCUCGUUUUACGUAUCUUUCUAAUCUCCUCAAUCCCCUUCUCCUCAAACACACCCUAAGUUAUGCUUGUGUACCAUCUACUUAAUUAUCUAAGAGGUCAUGAUAUCUUGCAUAUGGUUCCACGUAUGGGAGUGUGUGCGUGUCUUUUUUUUUUUUUAGCCUUUUUGGUUUACAAGCACAAGUUUUCUAGCAGACCAAGAUCAAGUGUGAUGAUUCUGGUAAUGUAUGCAGCUGUUUGUGCACAUUAAUUUGUUGAGCAUUUAUUAUGACGAAACUAAAGGUUAGUAUAUAUUGUUA